AUGUAAUGUUCUGAUUGUAGCCGCACAUGUUCAUUUCUCACAGCUAUCGUUCAUUUUACGUGAGACACACUCAACGAGACACUCAUUUUAACUUCUGUUUUCACGAAAGUAACAUUAAAAAAUGAAGGCUUUAUUAUUUUGUGUCGCAAUUACGAUGGUUGUUGACGUCUUUGCCGAAAAUUGCCCAAACAAUAAUGUGGCAACAGAAUGUAUGAGCUUUCAAUGUUCAUUUGGUUACUACAAGGAAUGUGUGAAUCAAAUUUGUACAUGCAACAAUUGUAUGACCCAGCAAGACUGCACCAGUAAUGCGGCAGGACUCCCAAACUGUAACAGACAAUGGCACUGCGUGGAUAAUUUGUGCAGAUGUUAUUAAUUCCUUUUGAAUAUAUUCCAUAUUAAAUAAAAAGGAGUUUAAAAGCAAUUAAA